AUGGUGUAUGUAGACGACCGCUUGGAGUAUGAGAUUGUCUCGAAUACGGUGGCAGGAGAUAACUGGUUCUUGGCGAUCGACGUGAAAAGUACAACGCUCAAUGGAAUCUAUGGAGGAAUCUACCAUUCUCCCAGCAGCAGUGACGCUGGUUUCAUAGACAGCUUUGAGAGUUGGCUGAGGACGGUCUUCCAGGACUGCAGGACAAAUCUACUCGUUGGCGACUUCAACAUCCGAUGGAACGAACCGGGAUACGCACGUGAGCUGAAGAACGUUACCGAAGCCUUAGGGAUGAAGCAGAUAGUAUCAGAACCGACGCGUGUGGGUCCCAGUAGCAGUACAAUUAUUGACCUUGUCUUUACAAACCUGGAGGGGGUGGAGGCGCGCGUCACUGAAGAGCUUAAGAUAACUGAUCACGAGACCAUCUGUAUUCACGUCGGAGAAACCACGAUUAACCUACCGGAGCAGAAAAAGAGUUACGUUAGCUGGAAACGGUAUACAAAGGAACGACUGCAAGCUGCGCUACGAGCAAAACUGAGGAGAGCUGACGCUGGAGUGACCGUUGGAGAAGCUGCACAAACUUUUGGCUCAACACUGGCGACGGCGGUUGCGGAGCUGACCGAUCUAUGCAGCAAUGACCGGAAAGUCUCAAACGCGUGGUAUGGAGAGCAGCUGAGAAACCUGAAAACCGAGCGGGAUGAUGCCUACAGGACCUUCAAACAUACAAAAAGGCUGGAUGAUUGGAACCUUUACAAAGUGCUUCGAAACCGCUACGUCCGAGGAUUGAGAUCAUCAAAGAACCUGGCAGUAGAAGAGGAAAUUCGAAGUUGUCACGGAAAUCCCAAGAAGCUUUGGAGAAGCCUGAAAUCGCUGAUUCGGCCUGGUGGAGAACCUCCAAUGGAAAUUGUUUUCGAGGGAGCGCGAAGCGAGAGGGAAACGGCGGAACGCUUGAAUCAGUUCUUCGUGAAAAGUGUAGAGACAAUCCAUAGAAACAUCCCACCAGCCCAGGUGGAACCAGCAGUAGUACCAGCAGAAGUAAGGGUAAACGAAGAUGGCAGCGAGGACUUAUUAACGGAGCUUCAACCAAUCACCUUGACGAAAUUGAAAGAAACAGUCUACUCGUUAAAAGACAGCGCUGGUGUUGAUAGCGUGACUAAACGGGUCAUGACGGAUUCAUUUGACGUUGUUGGAGAGCAGCUGUUGGCGAUUGUCAACAGAUCCCUGGAAAGCGGAGAAUUCCCACAACCUGGAAGCGGACUUUGGUGA